AUGGCCAAGAACAAAACGAAGGUCGCAACACAAGAACCGCUUGUACUGGACGGCAGGCACCUUGAAGGCGGCGGACAGCUGAUCAGAAUCGCCAUUUGCCUUUCAGCACUCACAAGCAAGCCGAUACAGAUCGAAAAUGUGCGCGGCAACCGUGCCGGCGGUGGAGGUCUCAAAGCUCAACACCUCGCUUGUGUCAACUGGCUAGCCAAAGCGAGUAAUGCAAACAUUUCGGGUGCAGAGAAGGGCAGCAAGACGCUUCUAUUCAGCCCGGGAAAGCUUGAGGGUGUUGUCUCGCCCGCCUUUACGGAAUGUGCAUCGAAAGAUGGGAGCCACAUAUAUCAGACAUCGCUAGACAUUGGUACGGCUGGCAGUACUGGACUGGCAUUACAGGCCGUAUUACCUUUUAUCUUGUUUUCCAAUCUCCCUUCACAUGUCCCGAUUCACUUGAGGAUUAGCGGCGGAACUAAUGUCUCAGGGUCGCCCUCCUUUGAAUACAUCAAGCAUGUGCUUCUUCCUACUCUCCACCGAAUCGGAUUCCCAGAUAUUAAAGCCUCUCUAGGCAAGCGAGGAUGGUCACAAGGUGGAUCGAGUAUYGGAAACUUCACUCUGGAGAUCCCUCCACGGCGAACACGUACUCUCUCAUCGUUCAAGUACAGACCCGACCAUACGAUGUCUUACAAUCCGUGCCAACCAUCACACCUUCGAGCCGUAAUCAUCGCUCCGACAACCUGCCACGAUCACUUCCGUUCAACCCUCCUACCUGCCAUUCAGCAGAACUUCUCAACAGACUUUACAGCAACAUCAUCAAACCUCUCYAUAACCUGCGAAGGCAGUCUUCAUGCGAAGCGAUUCUACUUUAUUCUGGUUGCCACUGUGUCCUCGAACGGAGCAUCUUCCACUUUGCAAGAAUACACCCUUGCUAGAGAUUGGCUGUACGAUAAGAAGAUCUCUUCGCUUGAUCGCACUGCAAGUGAGAUGGUCAAGCGGGUGACGGCUGAGCUAGCUGAUGAGGGGCGGUCUGGGACUUUCGUGGACGAGCACAUGCGGGACCAGCUUGUAAUCUUUCAAGCUCUCGCGAGUGGGAAAAGUGAGGUAUACCCUGGAAGGAAUAUGGAAGUUGCUGAUGGUCCAUUGCGUGAACCAAGUUUGCAUGCGAGGACUGCAGAGUGGGUAGCGAAAAUGGUCCUGGGCGUCAAGUUCGAUUCUGAAGGAAGUUGCGAGGGUGUUGGAUUUGGGGAGGGACAAGAUGUUGCCACCCUAGCCAAAGGUCUGGACCAACUGCAACUGUGA